AUGGCGAGACAGGCUCCAAACCCACGUGGCACUCCUGAGGCGAGCUCUGGCACUGCCAACCCACGGGGCCAUGGCCAGUCCCGCCUUACUGGUGAAGGUCCCCUAGCAUCUGUUCCUUUCCCAUGCCCUUGCAGGCAGCAAGCUGCAAUCCUGGAGGACUUGGUGAGAAACGUGCCCCUGGAGUUUGAUUUCCUCUUCUCCAAAUCACACGCAGAAGUAAUCUCAGGGAAACAGGAAGGUGUCUAUGCUUGGAUUGGCAUCAACUUUGUCCUGGGACGGUUUGAUCACGAGGAUGAGGAGGAUGCAAUGGUCACUGUGGCGCUGGGGGACCAGGGGAAGUCCCUGGUUCGGAAACGAACAGUUGGGAUCCUGGACAUGGGAGGUGCCUCCCUGCAGAUCGCCUACGAGGUGCCCGACUCCGGAGCUGUCUCCUCCCCUCAGCAGGAGGAAGCUGCUAAGAGCUUGCUGGCAGAAUUCAACCUGGGCUGUGAUGUGCAGCACACUGGCCACGUGUACCGUGUCUACGUCAACACCUUCCUGGGCUUUGGGGGCAAUUUUGCCCGGCAGCGCUACGAGGAGCUGGUGCUGAACCAAACCUAUGUGCACAACCGCCUGCACAGCCAGCAGACAGGGCUGAGCCCCAAGAUGCCCUUCCUGGACCCCUGCCUACCUGUGGGACUGGAGGACACGGUGACGAGGGGUGGCCAAACCCUGUACGUGCGGGGACGAGGGGACUGGCAGGCCUGUGCAAAGCUGCUGCAGCCCCUCCUGGCAGGGUCCAACAGCAGCCAGGACUCCCUGCUGGGGGCCUACAAAGCACCCAUCGACUUCAGCAACAGCGAGUUUUAUGGCUUCUCUGAGUUCUUCUACUGCACCGAGGACGUGCUGCGCCUGGGGGGUCAAUACAGUGCCCCCAUCUUCACCUCCGCUGCCCAGGAGUACUGCAGCCAGCGGUGGGAGGUGCUGACCCAGCGUUUCCGUGGUGGCCUCUACUCGGCACAUGCUGACCAGCACCGGCUGAAGUAUCAGUGCUUCAAAUCAGCCUGGAUGUACCAAGUCCUUCAUGAGGGCUUCCAGUUCCCACUGGACUACCCGAGCCUGCGCACGGCCCAGCUGGUGUACGACCGGGAGGUGCAGUGGACACUGGGAGCCAUCCUCUACAAGACAAGAUUUCUGCCACUCAGGGAUCUCCGUCAGGAGAGCAUCCGGCAAGCACAUGCCUCCUGGCUGCGCCUCUCUUUUGUCUACAACCACUAUCUCUUCUUUGCCUGCAUCCUGGUGGUAGCACUGGCCAUCGUCCUCUACCUCCUGCGGCUGCGCCGCAUCCACCGCCGGCAGCUGCGCAUGGCCCAGCACACCCUGCUCUGGCUGGACAAGGUGGUGGUGCCUCUGGGACAGGGAAAUGUGCCAUGACACCGGUGGUACCCACCAUCCAGUUGCACCAGCAGAACCAGGACUGGCUGACAACCUGGGCUCCGAGGGCUUGGACUCUUUCUUGAAGACCAUCUCAACUCUGCACUCCAUCAUCUCCACAUCAGAAACAGAGCCUGUGGGCUGAGGCACCUAUGGAUGCUGGAGCUUUCCUCUCCACCUUGCCCCAGUCCUAAUCUUUGUAUUCCUUGCCCUCUGGCCUGUGUCUCACUAUAUGGUGUGGAGCAAAGUCCUCUGCUGCCAGCGGGCUCAAGGCUGCAGCCCUGGCAGGUCCCUCAGAUAACAGGACGCUAUCACUGAGGCAGCCAACCUAGGACUGUGGCCCGAAGCACUGGGCCACCCCAUGACUCAGCCACUAGUUUGCAGAGCAACCUGGUGAGGUGCUGUGGUUCAUCACAUGGGGUGGCCUUUCUGCAGGCCCUGACAAGCCCACAGGCUGGAGAACAGCAGUCACUAGCAAAGUUACUGCAGGAACCAGGUGAUCAGGAAUGAGUUCCACCAGGCUGCUCUGCCCAGCCUGGCCCCUCUUUGAGCAUUCCUGAAAAGGUAUCGUGCCCUUUGCCAUGUCUUACCCUCCUAGGACAAUCCUCCUACCAGCAUCCCAGACUUGGCCCUGAGGGGUGACCAAUUGGUUCCUAAGGCACCACCAAAGUGGGCAGCCAUUCCUUUCAUACAUUCCCUCCAGGGCACAUCUGCCCCGUGGAGUCCCACACAUUAACUGGGCACUAGUGCAAGGACCUGUGGUUCUGUCCCCCCUGAGCGCAGGCUGGGCCUGCCCACGGGAGAACCACCCCCAGUCCAGCUCAGAGCCCCAGGACACGUCCAGGCUGUAGCUGUGCACAGAGGCACAAGGCUUCCUCCCCUGGGGCUGGAGCCCACUGAUAGUCCAAUGAACUUUGUCACUUUUUACUUGAAUUCAGCUGUUCCCAUUCCUGUAGCAAUAAACAACCCCCUUGAGCCAUCCA